AUGAACACGAACGUGAAGCGCCUCCGCAAGGAGCUGCAGGAGCUCAAGAAGAACCCGGAGGAGGACAUGGUGCUCUACCCGGAGGAGGACACCAUCAUGCGCUGGAAGGCCUUCAUCCGCGGGCCCAAGGACACGCCGUUCGAGGACCGCUGCUUCGAGCUGGCCAUCCAGACGACGCCGCUCUACCCCAUGGAGCCGCCCAAGAUGAAGUUCAUCACCAAGAUCUUUCACCCCAACGUGCACUUCAAGGACGGCAGCAUCUGCCUGGACAUUCUCAAGCGCGAGUGGUCGCCUGCGUGGACGUUGAGGGCUGCGUGUUUGGCGGUGAUCUCGCUCUUGUCGGACCCUGCGGCGGACUCGCCGCUCAACUGCGACGCCGGAAACAUGAUCCGUGCGGGUGACAUGCUGGCGUACAACACCAUGGCUGAGAUGUACAAGAAGGAGUACGGCCUGCUCGAUUUGCCGAAGGACCCGUUCUAACUGGACAGAUGCAAUGUUUGCGUGGACUUCGUUGAAUGGCAAAAUUAUUCAUU